AUGGGCGUCCCGCGGGAGGUGGCCGAUAGUUUGGGUGACAUGCCUAACGUUGAAGACGACCAUGGUGACGUUGUUGGCGUGACUGGUGGCGUGGACAGCGCCCCAAGAGCUGCUGAUGGAGGUAGAAGUAGCGCUGACACUAUGGGCGGCGAUGUUGUCCACGCAAGGCAAGGAGGCAAGGCCUUAGGUGCAAGCUACGCGUUAGGUGUUGGUACAAGAGGCACACGUGAAACGCUGAAUGACCUGGCCUUAGGUGCCCACUCUGAGAAAGGCGUAAAAAAGGGUACUACACCGGAUUUAGAGCGAGGCAAGGGAAUUGCAAACAAUGAUGGUUCGAAG